AUGAUGGAUCACAGCGCGCACAACAUGGCUCCAAGGUGUUCAAUGCACAUGCUGUGGAACACCCAAAUCAUAGACACGUGUAUCGUAUUCUCGCAAUGGCACAUCCGCUCUAAUCUCCAAUUCGUCUUCUCCUUCCUUGCCAUCGUAGCACUAGGCAUGUUCUACGAGUACCUUCGCGUCUACUCGAGGGACUUUGACAAGCGCGUCGCUGUCAAAUUGAGGAUCAAGAAUGGGCGUAGGUCGCCGCUUACUGCGAGCGGGCAAAGCUCGCCUGCGCGUUAUGAUGAUGCUGAGGACACUGGCUUGUUGAAUGCGUCGAGGGUCACGAGGAAGCAGGGAUUUGCUGUGCCCCCUCUCUAUCGUGUCAUGCGUGCUGUGCUGUAUGGAGCCAGCGUGGGCUUGUCCUUCUUUUUGAUGCUUGUAUUCAUGACGUACAAUGCAUACCUGAUAUUUGCAGUUAUCCUUGGUGCCGCUGCGGGACAUUAUAUCUUGAGUGAUACUAUAGAGUCAAACAGCCCUGCUGACAAGGGGAUGGCAUGCCAUUGA